AUGUCCACAAACAUGCAAAGCCCAAUUCAUUCCAUGGGUAACAAUACAGCCGCACUCAUGGGCCGCAACCAUGUCUAUUCGGCCCCUUUCACCAUUCAACGUAGCAUGAACAUGCCGCUGAACGGCAUGAAUGAUCUCACCCGGGGCCAUGGAUACUCAGGCCCCCCUCAAGCAGUCGAGAUACCCGAAAGAAACCAGGCAGUGCUGUUACAGCCAUCCUCCCCGGAAUCCUCUCAGCGAUCACACAGCGCAGGUGUGGAACAGCCUGCAUUCGAAGAGACCAGUGUGCUGAAGCAAUUGAUUGCAGACUUUGGCGGUACCCAGCAGAUCGUCAAGCCGGAGAUCCAUGCAAAAUUUGUCCGCGGACCAUUUCCCUCCGAAGACAAGUGGACAUGCUACCGACGGAACUAUCUAUCCGUCACUUGCAGCGUUAGCCUUCAGCCCUGGGCUGCGAAUCUGCCACUCUAUCUUCGGCAUGGAGACCGGGACUUGGAGCCCAUUCAUAGCUUUUCCAUGGGUAUCUCUGCCAUCGUCAAUGGCAAUUAUGAGCAACGCGUGGCUCUCGUACAACAUACUCCCAAGCGAGAUAAGCAGUCAGAGCAUUCGCCACCCAGGGUGAUCGUACAACCAAUACCACCGAUCUCACUUUCUUCUUCGAAUGGUAACGGGGUUCACGGUCUCCAUCUGGGAUCCCAUUCCCUCGAUUACAAUGGUCCUUUCCCCGGUGCUACUCAACCGCCGCAAUCCCAUCUGUUUGAGCGAAUCCAGUUUCAAAAAGCCACAGCAAAUAAUGGCAAACGACGCGCCCAGCAGCAAUUCUACAACCUCGUCGUGGAGCUGUAUGCUGAAGUGUCUGGCUCCUUAGAGAGCAGAACGCAGUCAGUUCUCAUUGCCCGCCGUCACUCAGAGUCACUGGUGGUGCGAGGUCGGUCCCCCGGCCAUUACAGAGAUGGCAGACGAGACAGCACUGCGAGUUCAGGACCGGGGUCGGGUCCGGACGGACGUGGCGGGGAUGGGAGCGUGAAUUCGAUUCCAUCGCAGGCUCUCGGUGCAGGAGCUCGGCAGCAGCCCAUGCUCUAUGAUUCUUCUCCUCAGGGAAGCUACACCUAUGCACGGGUGGAUUAUCGGCAUAUGCCCGCGAUGGAGCAUUCACCCGUUGGCGAUAGUCCACUGGCCCCAUCAUCUUCAUCGUCGGGAUUUGACUACGCCAUGGGCAAUGAUACGAUGAAUCCACUAGACACUUUGAAACCGGGCUCAUCGUUGGAUCCAUACCAAGAUGUCCCGGAUUCAUUUCCUGGAGUUUCUAGCCAUCCACGGUCCGCUGGGAAUGGGUUCGAUCCAGUCUAUUCAUCGUUUCCUACAUAUAGCGGAAUGCAGAACAAUCGUGGCUGA